AACAGCAGCAACAGUUAGACACCUCGGUAGCUUGCUAGACAACAUAGCUGAACCAAUAAAGCUCUUUCGACGCUUUAGUGUAUAUUAGUCACUGUGUUUUAAAACCACUUCUGUCGUCUAGUUAGUUAUCCGAUUUAAGUUCAUAUUUACGGUGUUGUUAUUAUUCAGCUAGUAGACUGGUUAAGUUAGCAUUAGCAUAGCUAGCUAACAUCUCCGACCAUGAGUUCACUAAGCUACUCUCCUCCUGCUGAAGAAGAUGCGAUCUGCUGUAAGGAGAAAGAAGCUCUGGUGAAAGAGGAGGAGGAAGAGGAGGCUGUUACAUUACAAAAACAAAUGGAGGGUGAGGCUGUUACAGUGAAAGAAGAAGAUAAAGACGUUUCAGUGAAAGAAGAGGAAGAUGCGUUCAGAGUGAAAGAGGAGGAGAGGGAGGAAGGAAAAGAGGAGGAUGGGGAGAUGACUGUCACAUCGAAAAAGGAGGAGGAGGAGGAAACUGGAUAUCUGGGCCCGGUUUCCCAAACGCAUCUUAAGGCAUCCAAUGAUUCUAACGGUGAACUUGGCAAUAAGAUGGUUUUGAGAAACCGUUCCCUGAUUAACACUAGAGAGAGACGGGAUUACCGUGGGUCCUCUGGGGAGCCUCAACAACAUCAUGAUGCUGACAAGGCAGAGAAGAGUCUCUCCAGAUCAGAACACCAGCAGAGAUCUACAGGGAAGAGAACUCACUGCUGCUCUGACUGUGGGAAGAGAUUCACCUCCUCAUCAGGCGUUCAAAUUCAUCAGAGAAUUCACACAGGAGAGAAACCGUUUAGCUGUGAUCAAUGUGGGAAGAGUUUUGCUCAGCUAAGCAGCCUGAUAUCACACCAGAAAACACACACAGGAGAGAAACCGUACAGCUGUGAUGAAUGUAGGAAGAGUUUUACUAGUUCUAGCAAUCUGACUCUACACCAGAGAAUACACACAGGAGAGAAACCAUAUAGCUGUGAUCAAUGUGGGAAGAGUUUUACUAGGCUUAGCAGCCUGAUAUCACACCAGAGAACACACACAGGUGAGAAACCUUAUAGCUGUAUUGAAUGUGGGAAGAGUUUUACUCAGCUAAGCAGCCUGAUAUCACACCAGAGAACACACACAGGAGAGAAACCUUAUAGCUGUGAUGAAUGUGGGAAGAUUUUUACUAGGUCUAGCUAUCUGAUUCUACACAAGAGAAUACAUACAGGAGAGAAACCUUUCAUCUGUACUCAAUGUGAGAAGAGUUUUACUCAGCUAAGCAACCUGAUAUCACACCAGAGAACACACACAGGAGAUAAACCCUAUAUAUGUGAUCAAUGUGGGAAGAGUUUUGUUCAAUCAAGCCACCUGAAGAUACACCAGAGAACACACACAGGAGAGAAGCCUUUUAGCUGUACCCAAUGUAGGAAGAGUUUUGUUCAAUCUGGUGAUCUGACAGUACACCAGAGAACACACACAGGAGAGAAACCUUAUGGCUGUAAUCAAUGUGUGAAGAGUUUUGUUACAUCUAGCCUUCUGACAGUACACCAGAGAACACACACAGGAGAGAAACCAUACAGCUGUAAUCAAUGUGGAAAGAGUUUUGUUUCAUCUACGGGUCUGACAGUACACCAGAGAACACACACAGGAGAGAAACCUUAUGGCUGUAAUCAAUGUGUGAAGAGUUUUGCUACAUCUGGGCAGCUGACUAUACACCAGAGAACACACACAGAAUAUAAAUCUUAUAGCUCUAACUGAUGUGGGAAGAGUUUUCCUCAGUUAAACAGCCUGGCACAGAACACACACAGGAGAGAAAUAUCUUAGCUGUAAUCAAUGUGGGAAGAGAUACUCUGAUAAAAGUUACAUAAUCAAACAUCAGAAAAUACAUGGAGUUCAUGUCACAAUGUAGAAUGUUUUAACAUUGUAGUAGGAGUAUUUUAAUGAUGUCACAAUGUAGAACCCUAAACGUUUGCCCCCUGUUCUAUUGAUUUCAACUUGUAGCUGACUGUAUUCUACAGGUUGUCCUCUAACCAGUGUGGUAAGAGAUCUUUUUUAUUUGUGUUAGUUUCAACAGCACAUACAACCCCCCCCAAUCAAUAUCAGUGAUUUAUUGCUACUUGUUUUUGGUGCUUGUGCAGUUUAUAAGCUGCUUGUUUAAAAAAUACAAGUAAUAUGAUUAUUGUGGCAGAUGUUUGUGUAUAUAGCACAUUUUAUGUUUAGGUUUUCAAUUUAUCCCAAACUGUUUCUGCAUAUUGGUUAUUGAUUUAGACACGUUAAAACUGUGUUUUGACAUCGGGCUAUCCCACCUAGCAAAAUGUAAUUGAAAAGAUGUUGAAAAGAAGACUAUGACCGAUGUCCAAUAUACGUUCGGUUGAAAGUGAAAGUUUAAAAUAUGUAUUUUCGGGUAGUUUUUUCAGUGACUUGAAAAUAACUUAAUUUCAUCUUACUUGCAGGUAGCCUAGUGGUUAGAGCGUUGGGCCGUCAUUGUACAGAUUUUUACCUUGUCAGCUCGCUUGUUAAAAUAAAUAAAUACACAUGGACGCAGUAUAAUAAAUUGGUCUAUAAUCAAUUUUAUUAACAAUCUUACAUCACUCCAGUAUUUCUUGACAACAUUCAAGUGCUAAUUGUCUUUAUUCCACUACUGAAGAAGCAUGACUCAAAUGACCUCAUAUUUCAAACAUUCAGCCUGACAAAAGAUACAUGUUUUAUUAUUCCAUGCCUCACCAUUAAGUUCAUUAUUGCCAAUACAUAUUAACAAAGGGGUGUACAUUUGGUUUUGAUAUUUACAAUUAUGUAACAUUUAGUAAUCCUAGUUAUUCAUGCAACAAACGAUAUUUUGGGGUACAAUUAUAUUGACAUUGUUACCCUGCUUUUAUAUCCAACGACAUGCCUAUCGAGUGAACCCUGAGAAGAGAGAGAAGCUCCACAGCUCCAAUGUGGUAAGGACAACUUGGUUGCUGUUUAUCUCAAGGGUUGGCAGUCAAAAAUAUUUGUGUUUUGCGUUUAGCCAGUGCGUUACCAUGGAUCACAAUUUAGUUUGACUGCAUGCUUUUCCGUAUUGGAGAUGACUUUUGUUUGGGCUCGUUCAAGGGGAGGCGAGUUCUAAAAGCUAGUGAGUUUUAGGAAGACGAGUGUUCUAGAAGCUAGUGAAUUUUUGGAACACGAGAGUUUUAGAAAGAAAAAGGAGAAAAAAAAUAAUAUGAUUGUAUAUUAUUAUUUAGAAAUGUGUUUUUAAUUGUUGACGGUCAGUAGACACCAUGUUUAUAUUGUAGAAGGUGAAACAUUGUAGAUGAUUAUGUGAAAUGGAAGUUGUGGAAAUACUCUACAACUUCAGACUAUGAAAAGCCAACUGACAUUUACUCCUGAGGUGCUGAGGUGCUGACCUGUUGCACCCUCGACAACCACUGUGAUUAUUAUUAUUUGACCCUGCUGGUCGUCUAUGAACAUUUGAACAUCUUGGCCAUGUUCUGUUAUAAUCUCAACCCUGCACGGCCAGAAGAGGACUGGCUACCCCUCAGAGCCUGAUUCCUCUCUUGGUUUCUUCCUAGGUUCUGGUCUUUCUAGGAAGUUUUUCCUAGCCUCUGCGCUUCUACACCUGCAUUGCUUGCUGUUUGGGGUUUUAGAUUGGGUUUCUGUACAGCACUCUGUGACAUCAGCUGAUGUAAGAAGGGCUAUAUAAAUACGAUUGAUUGAUUGUACAACAAUGCAUUCAACUGAAAUGUGUCUUGGGUGCACAUAUUGGUGUCACCUCGUUAGUCAG